AUGAAAACUGAGCUCGAGGGUAGUUGGCUGCCCGGUUACGAUGAAAGAACAAACAGCACCAAAUGCGAUUCGGAUUAACGGUUAAUUUGAAUUGAAAAACGGGAGCUGCGGAGCUGCUAACGGUGAAGGAGGAGGUUCAGGGUGUUAGAGCUCUGGGGGGAGAGCUCUUUUGGGUGCGGCGGUGUCGUUCUGUGACCGUGGCAGCUCGACGCCCCCUCAGUGUUUUGUGCAGGAGGGGGGGCUGAAGUUGGGUCAGGUCGUAUCUGGACUCUCUCUGUCUCAGUUUUACUGUGGAGGGAGAAGAAGAGCACAGAUAGGAUAUGGUGGGUUAUCUUCAGCUGUGAUCGCUCCCACCCCGGGGUUUCCGUUCAACAAGUAAUAUAAUGAAUAUAGGUCAGCUGUGGUCCUCAUUAAUAAUGUGACCGCUCCUCACUGACCGUUAAAGACCGGCGAUUUGAAUGGACUCACUCGGUACAGGUCGGCUGGACUAAAGGAAUUACUAUGCAGUGUUUAUCAGGCAGCGCAGCAACACGUCUCUAGCGAUGCCCGUCGUUAGCUGAGCGUAGCUGCGGUCAACUCGCCGUCUGUUACCGCUGAGGAGGCUGGAGAGAGGGAGCGCCGAGAGCCCGGCCCAACCAUGACCGGACCGAGCAGCUCCAGCUCCAGCUCCAGCACCGCCACCAAGGUGGUCCGACACGGGCGCUCCAAGAGCACCAGCACGUACUGCUGCCGCUCACUGCAGGGGAGCGGGCUGGAGUCCGCCCCCUCGGCCACCGCCAACAACGCCGGCCGUUCCUCCGGGGAGGAGGACGAGAAGGACGGCGGGGUGCCCUUUUACGUGAACCGUACCGGUUUCCCCAUAGAGAGCGUGACCUGGGAGAGGAUGUGGUCUCACGUGGCCAAAGUUCAUCCAGACGGUCAAGAAAUGGUGGACAGAAUACGAAACGCAGCCCACCUGCCCAAACAGCCAGUGCCAUUGGUCCCAAAUUUCAAGCCGUCCAUGUCCGUGCCUGACUGGCUCCAUGCUGUCCAGAACUACAUGAAGAACUUGCAAUACAACCACACAGGAACACAGUUCUUUGAGAUUCGGAAAACCAGACCAUUGUGUGGGUUGAUGGAGACUGCCAGAGAAAUGAUAAGAGAAUCCCUUCCUAUCAAAUGCCUUGAAGCAGUUAUCCUUGGAAUCUACCUAACCAAUGGCCUGACCUCACUGGAGCGUUUCCCCAUUAGCUUUAAAACGCAAUUCUCCGGUCACCACUUUCACCAUGUGGUGCUGGGUGUCUACUGCAAUGGUCGUUACGGUACGCUGGGUAUGAGCCGACGCACUGACCUGAUGGACAAGUCCCUGAGUUUUCGUACACUCAGUGAGCUGGUCUUUGAGUUUGAGGACUCCUACCGCCGCUACCAGCACACCAUAAAGAAGGUCAAGAUUGGCCUGUACGUGCCUCAUAAUCCACACGUUUUCCAGCCCAUUGAGUGGAAGUACUUGGUGCUCAACCCCUGCAGGCAGGGCCGUGAAGACAUGCGGAAGGAGCUAGAGAAACACGGCCGUGACAUGAGGAUGAAGAUUCUUAAGUCAUCCAGUGCCCAGUCUCCAAUUAAGGAACGAGCCAGAGGGAAGUCCCUAUCACCUCGAAGGCGACAAGGCAUAAGCCCUCAAAGACGACAGCACCUUCACCGCAGAGACAAAUCGCCUGCUGCCCUGGAUCGAAAACCUGCAGAGCUCAGCACCCUCAGCGAUGGGUACCAGAUCCGGAUCUAAAGGUCCACUGUAUCUGGAUUGCUUGUUCUCCUUCUCCCACUCUCAUUCCCCCAAACCAGGCAACAGACCUCCCCAUUUCCCAGCAGCGUGUUUUAUAUAACGGAUCCUGUCUCAGUUGCUGUUUGAGACACCAUGUACUGUAUAGUAAUUUUGUUGUAACUGUUGUAAUGAUGACCAACCAGCAUAAGUAAAAUAAAGCACAAGCAUCAGUAAAACUAAACAAAGAAAGAUGUUUCAGUACAUAUAGAGGACACUGUAUUUGGGCAAGUUUCUGAUACUUGUGACUUUUUAAAAGUUUUUAUAUUAGCAUCUAGAGAGCCACGGUGUCAAGGGCUUGUAUUAAACUGAAGAAAACAUUAGGGUGAAACGAUUAUCAACUCAUUUUAAUCAUUUUAGACAUUGAUGUUAUUUCAAUUGAAACUGGAAAACAAUUGUUUUUUUUAAGAAACUCUUGACCUGACCUCAAAAUAUAUAUAAGUAAAUGAAAAAUAAUAUUUUUAGAUGGAAGUUUUAAAAUAAAAUUUAAACACAGUUUAACUCUUUGGGGGAUUUGUGAAGAAGAGAUGGACUUUUCUAUGUACACGAUUUGUUUUAAAUUUAAUUUUGAGCAAAGCUCUUUACGCAUUGGUAUUAUUGUAAGCAUGAUGGCGAUUUAGGAAUACCACCAAGUUUUUUGCAGGAGCAUUGUAAAAAUGUCACAAUAUCAAUGUGGCAUGCUUGAAUGCAAUUUUUUAAAGCAAGGUUUUAUUGUGGAUGUUUACUAUAUAAUUAUUUUUUCCACAUUGGUAUUACUCUCAGAAGGUCGUUCAAAUAGCUUCUUUGACAUAGAAUCAUAUCAGAUCAUCAAUAUUCUAAUAUCCUGCAUUUAUCACAUCAUGUUUGACUUCACUGUAUAGGUGAAUAAGCUAUGCACAUUUGCCAGGCCUACCAAAGGCCCUAAUCUGUCUUCCCUGACAGUAGCCGAGCUUAACAACUGUAGCUAACAGUCUGUGGUGGACUAGUCCAGUGGUUCUUUUUUUGCAGCCAUAAACCUGUGCGGACUUGAAAAUCAGCUGGAUCCCAGUUAACACCAGCUUUAUACAAUCCUAAAGAGUACUUUGCCCAAAAAGUGCAAGAAUGAAUGGAAAUACUAGUGGCAAUAAGUUAGCACUAGCUGACUUGUAUAAUGCUUACUGGUUUGGACUGCUUUGUAUUCAUUAUAAAGAGCAUUAGCCUAUUUGGGUGAAGUAUCCCCUCCAAAAGCUAUUGAACCACACAAGUGCCAGACCAUUUACAGCAUUAUACUUGCCUUCCUCCUCACACCAUUACCUUGAUGUGUUUGUCUACAUAACCCAUAACCUCGUGCACCAUAUUCAGCAACCUAUACUGAUGAGAAGAACUUCAGCACUAUUACUGUGUACAAAAAUAAACAAACAAAAGAAACCACAAAACAACCCACUUUCUUUUCAGUACACCAUGUCCUUCCAGGGUGACAAUUAUGAACAGGCAAUUUCUGAUGUUGUGUUGAAUUUGUUACUGAAAAGCUACAAGCUUUGACUGAAGGUGCUAUAUAGACAUUCACAUUUCUUUUGAAAUGUCAGUUCUCUGUUCAAUCAGUGGUUUAAUGUAACAGUGUUUCCUAGUCUGGUAGCUGAAAAUUUCACCUGAUACGCUGCUCCGAUUAGGAUUUUUCUGUAAGAGAGUUUUUUUGGAGACAGUUUUAUUAUGGCAGCAAUUAAAUAUUUUAAAAGCUUUCUUUUCAUUUUGCUUAAAGAGCACAUCAAAUAGUAAUUACUAUAGCACACCAGUGGGUUAGGUAGUAGUGAUUAAAGCUCCAUGACUGAUGACCUGGCUAUAUUUAGAAGUUCAUUGGUUGAAACUUUUGUCUUAUGCAUCUCUACUGUCUUAAUAUGCAGGCAGUGCACAGAUCUAUCAAAAACAAGGUAAAUUAUUUGAAUGCAUUUAUUGGGUCUGUUUUUUUGUCUUAUGAUUUAUUACAUUGAAACAUAUUCUGACUGACUGGAUUUUCUGAAAUAGUCAUUCUGAAGCCUCUAUGGCUUUAAUUCGUCAUGUUUUUCUGCAGCGAUUUUAUUCCUGAAGCGGAAAAUACAUCCCUGCUCCCCUCAAUUAUAUUUUUUUCUUGUAACUUGAUUUUAAUGGUUGUAGCAUGUUGUAAUAAUAAAAGUAUGUUUUUGUUUUUUGUA